AUGAACUCUGAUGGCUGUAGUUUUGCUUUCAAGACCACAGCUCUACUAAUAAAAUCCGCAGAGACCAUUAACUGCUCCGAACCCACUACAGAUGCUCUCAUAACAGCCCUGAAGGAGAACAUCUUUGGCAAAACUGAAAUAAGGCCAGUUAUUAACCUGAAAACUCCCACAAACAUCAGUGUGAGCUUCACUCUGUAUGGAGUUUUAGAUGUGGAUGAAAAAGCACAGAAACUUAACACAUACAUCUGGUUGAAUUUGUACUGGAAUAUUGAAGGUUUGAGUUGGGAUCCUGUUGAAUGUGGGACAGAUAGAAUCUCACUGCCAAGAAAACUACUGUGGAGGCCUGAUAUUGUCAUUAAGGAAUUCAUUGAUGAAAAUAGAGUCCCAGACACAUAUUACGUCUAUGUCGAAAAUACUGGUAAGGUAACAGACGAUCUUCCAUAUCAUGUCAUCAGUUCCUGUAACCUGGACAUCUACACCUUUCCAUUCGAUAUUCAGAACUGUUCAUUCACCUUUAAUUCAUACCAGCACACCAUGCUGGAUGUUCAGUUGUCUAUUGCUAUAACGGUGGAGGAAUCAUUCAAAUAUUCUCUUGAAGUCAUGACAACUAAAGGAGAGUGGGAGCUGGUCGAAAUGCUUGCUGAAAAACCUACAAUACCUUCCCAGGAAAUGAAUAACUCACGGGACGCACUUACUUACUAUAUUGUCCUCAGGCGACGGGCAACGCUAUAUGUGGUGAACCUCCUGAUUCCCAGCUGUUUCCUCAUUGCUGUAGAUCUAUUCAGCUUUCUUCUACCACCUCAGAAUGUGGAUCGUUCUGCCUUCAAAAUGACCCUCAUCUUGGGUUACACUGUGUUCCUGCUGCUAAUGAAUGACCUGCUGCCCGUCACAGGAAACACCUUACCUCUCAUAAAUGCAUUUUUCUCUCUCUGUUUGGCACUGAUGGUGGCCAGUCUUCUGGAGACAAUUCUUAUCAUAAAUAUUCAGUGUGGCUCCAGUCACUAUGGACCGUUACCUCAGUGGGCCAAGGUGUUUUUCCUCAACUACCUUGCUAAACUUGUUUUUUUAAGCAAGAAACCUAGUGACCAAAAAUGUAAUCCCGAAGAGCACAGAACUGAGACCAAACACAAUGAUUCUGUAAUUGAAAGCCCUCAGAGCGAAGCAGUCCAUAAGACACCUCCUACUCUCCAGGAACUGAGGAAGAUAAGCCACGAGUUACUAUCCAUCCGGCAGCAGGUCAAUCAACAUUUUAAUACUGAUGAGAGUGCAGAUGAGUGGGUGAAUUUGGGUCAAGUCAUUGACCGUUUGCUUUUUGGGCUGUAUUUGAUCUUUCUCUCAGUGAGUUUUGUCACUAUUGUUGUUGUUUGGCUGUACUGGUACAACAAAAUUGCAUUUUUGAUAUUGUAUAAAUAAACCUACUGAAAUUAU